CCUUUUUGAAGAAGAUUUCAGGGCCGACAAUCAAAAUGGCUGCGCCCAGGAGAGAAGCAUUUCGUGGAGCAAUUGAUCGGGUUUUAAAUAGUUGGACCGUUCUCAAGCUAGCAGUUAGUCAUGGCUUUGGUGGUGCAGAUAGUCAAGCAAAAGCUGACUGGAUGGUUUAUGCAAUUGAUCAGUGGUUUUUAGAGAACUCCAACAUAGAGACGUUUGAGCUGGAAGACUUUCUUGAAGAUGUUUUAAACACAGAGUUUGACACCAUAGCUGAUGAUGGCAGCCUCUCUCAGAUAUCGAGGCUGAUCUGUGGGUUUUACCGACUGUGUCAGUCGGGAGAUGAGGGCAAAAUGGCUGAGGAGCUCUCUAAACUGCCACCAUGUAAUGUCCAGCAAUGCCAGAAUGUGCAGCCUGCUAACGGCACGGAGGGUGGAGACAGUAACGAGGAAGUAUCAGACCAGGACACCCCCCCGCCCCUCCCUGACCCUCCCUGCAUGUCACAAAAAGAGGAAACAGAGAGUAUGGAGACCGAGGCAGUGGAGGACGAUGGCUGGACAACAGUCAGCAAGAAGGGGAAACGCAGAUGACCUUGACAUUCAAUGUCUAACACCAUUUUAUCUAUUAAAUGAUAUUAUAUAAGCAAA